AACUAACUCACUUCCCUGCAUAGACUACUGCGUGUUUUGCUGGGCUUUACCCUUGAAAUGACUAUAAAGACCACCACCCAGCAUAUUCAGCUGUGCAAUUUAGAUUACAUUCUUAUUGGUUGGCUUCUCAGACAAAAAGAAUUUGAGAUAUAACCACCAGAUCACUGGUAGUCACCAUACAAGCCCAUCAUGUCUGACCGAAUCAGUUUUCUACCUCUGGAGAUAGUCCUUCAGAUUCUCUCUUACCUUCCUUUUGAGUCACUGCUUGCUUUCGGAGAGACUUCUCAUACAAAUUACCGAUCGCACAUCCUCUGCCUCCGGUGCCUGCGAUUGGGGGUUUUUGAGAAGCGAACCCAUUCCAUAAUCUCUUGUCUGCAGGCGGGCUGGAUUAAAGCAGAUCAACUGGGGGAUGCCUUUCCCGUUGAAAGAGAGAUCGGGCCUGAUUAUACUAUCUCCAUCAUCCGGCCGAAAGCCAAGCCUGUAAAACAUGAGCUCUCUUACAAGCGUGCUAUUAAAGCGAAAGAUACAAAAAGGCAAUGCCCAUCGGACCCGUCUAUGAUGCAGGAACAGAUGGUCCGAGCCCAAAACAAAAUCUUCUCUAGAAUAGUGAAUCGGUACGGCCCGUCACUCGUAAAGCUCGAGUUUAUGGCGUACGACAUCGACAUCGAGAGUGCGAUGGCUCUAGGUACUAGGUGCCAAUAUCUGUUGCGCCACCUUGCGCUUCGCUUUGAACAUCAGCACAUCAGAGAUGGCCACAUCAAGCCGAGCACUUGGCGACAUCCAGCCCCAUGCAGCGUUGCAUGGAAUCUUCUCAUUGGGAUAGGACAGUACAAACAUAUCGGCGUUUCUGGGCUAAAGACAUUGAUACUGGAGCGCGCCGGGAUCACGCCGUGGCAGCUAACAAUGCUCGUGAAGAAGAAUCCCGAUUUGACGGUGUUGAAGUUGAAGACUUGCAACGGUGCGCAGCCAGAUUUCUUGAACUGGCUGGGAGGCAUUGAGCAAGACCUGGAUGACCCCGUAGAGGGAGAUAGCGACUCCGCACCGGGGGACCGACUUGAGAUUCUCUGGCUAGAGAACUGUCACCAGAUUCUCACACAUACAAUCGAAGGAUAUGAGGAUUUUGCAGAUAAAAGCUGUGACCGUGGCCUCGAAUGGGUUAGAGGCUUGAGAAAUCUGAAAUCCCUUUCUUUCAGUAAAUGCAUGAACUUGCCGUCCGAGUACGUUGAGCGGGCGAACAAGACAAUUUGGAAAAUUCCGGAUGUUACAUUACCAUAUUAUAAUUACGAAGAGGGCACACCAAUCGAGGUUGAUCCUACUUUCUUAUAAUGUCUGCUACUUACCUGACUAUGAUAGCCUUUUACGAUGAGAUGAUCUAUGUUUCUUUCCCUUUCUUUCUGCUUUCUGCCAUUCUCACCCUCGGCCUCUUUUUCCAUCGGUCUCAGUUCAUAUUUCUGCAUUAAUGGUCAUUUAUAAUCAGGAUAUUACCCUUAGCGAUGUUAUGGCUUUUCACGAUUGAGAGAUACAU